GUAUCCAAAUAUACCACUUGAAAUGUGAAUUGAUUGAUGUAGUAAAGGAUGAGAAAUGCGUUAUGUUUUUGAGAAAUUGUUGAAUUUAUUUUUCUUUUUUAUGUUAUCGAGGAAAAAGCGAAAGAUUAGUGUGAAAAGAGAGAAAAUGACAAGAGAUAUCGUAGAUAGACAAAGAAUGAGAACAAAAUUCAAAAAUGGGCACUUGUUCUCACAAAUUCCAUAUUCCUUCAAACCCGCUCACGACAAAAUCCUCUCUCACCACUACGCUGCCAUCUAACAAACACUCGCUAAUCCUUUUUCUCUUCCUUAAAUCCCACCGAUUCCAAAACCCCUCUCUCUCACUCUCAAUCCACAACCAAUUAAUACACGGAGCUUGCAUGGCUGUGAAUUCGGAUUUCUUCGCUUGAUUGGCAAUUUCCUUAAUUCAAUUCGUAAAUUGCCUGCUUUGCACUAAUGUUUCAAGAAGACGGAUCUUCAUCUGUUACCUCAUCUCCGCUGCAAAUGUUUCCGAUGAUGUCGUCAUCGUCUCCGCCUAGCUUAAUGUCACCUUAUCCAUGGCUCAAGGAUCUCAAGCCUGAAGAGAGAGGAUUAUACCUAAUCCAUUUGCUAAUCACUUGCGCAAACCAUGUCGCAUCAGGCAGCCUUGAGAACGCGAACAUAGCCCUUGAUCAAAUAUCCCAUCUUGCGUCGCCUGAUGGCGACACAAUGCAGCGAAUCGCCUCCUAUUUCUCAGAGGCUCUCGCUGAUAGGAUCCUUCGAGCCUGGCCGGGCGUAUACAAGGCCUUUCGCUCGACUAGAAUAUCGGUUGUGGCCGAAGAAAUCCAUGUUAGGAAGAUGUUUUUCGAGUUCUUGCCGUUUAUGAAGGUGGCAUUUGUGAUUAGUAACCAGGCCAUCAUUGAGGCCAUGGAAGGGGAGAAGAUGGUUCAUGUGAUUGACUUGAACGCGACUGAGCCAACACAGUGGUGUGCCCUCAUCCGAGACCUGAGUGCUCGGCCUGAGGGGCCGCCUCAUCUGAGGAUCACGGGGAUCCAUCAGAAGAGGGAGGUGUUGGAGCAGACUGCUCAUGUCUUGAUUGAGGAGGCUGAGAAGCUCGACUUACCGUUUCAGUUCAACCCCGUUGUGAGCAAAUUGGAGGAUCUUGAUGUUGAGAAGCUACGAGUUAAAACAGGGGAGGCUCUAGCAAUUAGUUCGAUAAUGCAGCUGCAUACAUUGCUAGCUUCUAACUGUGAUGCCGGUGGGAACAGGUCCCCGUUGGCGCCUAUGAAAGGCAUAGGCGUGCACUUGCAAAGGGCUGCGCAGAUGAAUCAAGGCACUUUAGGGGAGUUGCUUGAGAAGGAUAUGGUUAAUGGUUAUAGUCCAAGUACUGAUUCUGCCUCUUCAUCGCCAUUGUCUUCGAUGCCCUCACCAGCCGUGCCCUCCUCACCUAAGAUUGAUGGCUAUCUCAGCACUCUGUGGGGUCUGUCUCCCAAAGUUAUGGUGGUGACGGAGCAAGAUUCUGACCACAAUGGGAAGAGCUUGAUGGAGAGGCUGUCGGAGUCAUUGUACUUCUAUGCUGCUUUGUUUGAUUGCUUGGAGUCUGCGUUGCCAAGAGCAUCUAUCGAGAGAUUGAAGAUGGAGAAGAUGUUAUUCGGUGAGGAGAUCAAGAAUAUUAUAGCGUGUGAGGGGGCCGAGAGGAAGCAGAGGCAUGAAAGGCUUGAGAAGUGGAACCAAAGAUUCGAGUUAGCUGGUUUUGGAAAUGUUCCUCUAAGCUAUUAUGCUAUGCUGCAGGCAAAGAGAUUGCUGCAGAGUUAUAACUGUGAUGGUUAUAAGAUCAAAGAGGACAACGGUUGCGUGGUGAUUUGCUGGCAAGAUCGACCCCUUCUCUCAGUAUCAGCAUGGAGGAAUAGAAGGUGAAAUCUAUGUCGAUUUGCCUUACUCUGCUGUUUACUUCAUUUUUAGAGGAACAAACAUACUGUCUGAUUUAGGUGUAGAGUUUUUUAGUGUUGUACUAUUUCUGUUUUCAUUGUUUGCUCACAGUUUUUGUAGAUAUAGCUGAAAUUCGGACAGUGUGUUUGCCUAUGCUUAUGCUUCCCAUCUCAUCAUCCCAUAUUUCAUUUA